AUGGCGCUUAGGGACAUCGUCGGACUUGUCAGUGUUAGGUUAAUGACUUGGAUUAUCACUUGCUUUUGUCUUCAACUACUCCUACUUAAUCCUCUUGUCAAAGCCCAGAGUUCCUGCGGGAAUCCAGUGACAGAUGAUGUGAAUGACAUUGCAAAAUUGGUCGGAAAUCUCCCAAAUGAUUAUAUGAUAACCCUUAAAUAUGUCCCGAAGAUGGAUAGUCUGCCUAAUCACUGUUGGUUGCAUUUGAUGGUGCCUGAAUUUUCAAGAAGUCUACAUAAUCUUCUCCAGAAAUUUUCGGAUAUUUCAGAUAUGUCUGAUGUUUUGAGCAACUAUUCAAUCAUCAAUAAUCUCACAAGGAUAAUUAAUGAUCUUAUGGCAUGUUUAGCUUUUGAUAAAAAUAAGGAUUUUGUAAAAGAAAAUGGUCACCUUUAUAAAGAAGGUCGCUUCAUUCCUGAGGAUUUUUUUAGGCACUUUAAUAGUACCAUUGAGGUCUACAAGGAGUUUGCAGACAGGUUGGAUAAGAAUGACUGCAUUCUGCCUUCAACAGUAGAAACACCAGAGAAUGAUUCCAGAGUCGCUGUCACAAAAACAUUUUUGUUUCCUCCUGUUGCUGCCAGCUCCCUUAGGAAUGACAGCAUUGGCAGUAACACUAGCAGUAACAAAGAGGCACUUGGCUUCAUUAGCAGCUCCAGCCUGCAAGGGAUCAGCAUAGCACUGACAUCAUUGCUGUCUCUUCUUAUUGGCUUUAUUUUGGGAGCCAUAUACUGGAAGAAAACACAUCCCAAACCCAGACCAGAAAGUGAUGAAACUACACAGUGUCAUGACUGUCAAGAGGAAAAUGAGAUAAGUAUGUUGCAGCAAAAAGAAAAGGAACAUCUACAAGUGUAG